CUCUGUUUGGGGAAGGUCUGUGCCGCUGUGACAGCGGGUGUAGAACAGCUGCGUGAAAACGCUCCGGAGAGCAAACUGCAGACCGGGACGGCCGACUGACGCCGGACAGUCAGCCCGGCCCAUCAGGGAGACAUCUCGUUUAGCUAACAAUGAAUCAGGAAGAAAUGACUGGCAACCACAAUUCACGGGAUAAUCUGCUAGCAGAUUUCCCCAAAGGCCCGCUUUCCAGAUAUCGUAAGAAAGCUUCCUUCAACUGGAAGGAGAUGGCACUGUUCAUAGAUGGUGAAGAUACCAUCCAGCUGAAGAACAGAAUCUUCUCUGCUCUGGAAAAAGAUCCUCUCUUUGCACAUCAUCCUGGAGAAGAUUUGUGCCGUGAGAAAUACCAGGAGCUGACCUUCCUGCGCUGUAAAAGGCUCUUUGAGUAUGACUUCCUCACUCAGCAAGAGAUGAUCGAGAACCCAUUAAGGCUUUUUAAUAUGGUGCUCUGUAUAGGAAUGUAUGAUUGGUCUCUAUGUCUCAAGUUUUUCUUACAUUCUGGUUCGUUUGCAGGUUCAAUUAUGAGUGCUUCUAAGAGAUUUGCGCACAUUUUGAAACAAGCUUAUGGCAUGGAGAUUUUUGGAUGUUUUGCUCUGACCGAACUCAGCCAUGGAAGUAACACCAAAGGCUUACGGACUACGGCCACAUUUGAUCCCAGCACUCAGGAAUUUGUCAUCAAUACACCUGACUUUGAAGCUGCAAAAUUCUGGGUUGGUAAUAUGGGGAAACAUGCCACUCAUGCAGUUUUGUAUGCCCAGCUCUAUACUCCCGAUGGACAGUGCCAAGGAUUACAUCCCUUUAUUGUACAGAUUCGAGAUACAAAAACUCUCCUACCAAUGCCGGGUGUGAUGGUAGGAGACAUAGGAAAGAAAAUUGGGCUGAAUGGGCUGGAUAAUGGAUUUGCCAUGUUCCACAAUGUCAGGAUACCAAAAGAAAACAUACUGAAUAUAGCUGGAGAUGUCACAGCAGAGGGGAAGUACUCAAGUUCUCUCAAGGAGGUUAAAGAACGUUUCAGUGCAGCUCUGGGAUCCUUGUCCAGUGGCAGAAUUAUGAUCACAGGACUUUCCACAGCCAACUUAAAGCUUGCCUUGGUAAUAGCCAUUCGGUUCUCAGCAGCUCGCUGUCAGUUUGGGCCAACUGAGGAUGAAGAAAUACCUGUCCUUGAAUACCAAACACAGCAAUGGCGUCUUUUACCUUAUCUGGCUGCUGCAUAUGCCUUAGAUUAUUUCUCAAAGUCCCUGUUUGGGAACUUUGUAGAGUUUUUUGCGGGUGUUUUGACAAAGCAGAGGAAUCAGAGACAGGCUGAUUUGGGACGUGAGAUUCAUGCUUUGUCUGCUGCCAGCAAAUCACUGGCAUCUUGGACUGCUCAGCAGGCAGCCCAGGAAUGCCGAGAAGCUUGUGGAGGGCAUGGUUACCUUGCCAUGAAUCGUCUGGGUGAAAUCCGAAAUGACAAUGAUCCAAACUGCACAUAUGAAGGAGAUAACAACGUCCUGCUUCAGCAAACCAGCAACUACUUAAUGAGCUGGAUGAAUUGCAUAAAAGAUAAAGCUCCUUUUGAAUCCCCUUUGGGAACAAUAAACUUUUUGCAAGACUACCAUAAUAUUCUUGGCUGGAAAUUCACAGCCAUUAGUGUUGAAGAUUGCAUGGACUCCUCAGUUCCUUUAGCAGCUUAUAAAUGGCUGGUUUGCUACCUGCUGCGAGAAAGUGACCUAAAAAUGAGUAAGGAGAAGCAGGCUGGACAAAGUGAUUUUGAGGCAAAAAACAACUGUCAGGUGUACUACUGUCGGUCUCUGGCUCUGGCUUUCAUUGAGCAGACAGCCUUACAGCGCUACCACGACUACACUCACGAUCCCAGUGUCCCAGCAGCUCUGCAGCCACUGCUUAGGGAUCUCAGUGCUCUCUAUGGGCUCUGGUCCUUGAGUAAACACCUGGCUGUGCUCUACCAAGGUGGCUAUGCUUCAGGUGAACAACCUGGGAAAUUUAUUCAGGAUGCUAUUCUGAAGCUCUGUUACAGGUUGAAAGAUGAUGCGGUUGCCCUAGUUGAUGUCUUUGCUCCUUCUGACUUCAUUCUCAAUUCUACCAUUGGUAAAGCAAGUGGAGAGUUAUACAAAAAUAUGUGGGGAGAUAUCCUUCAAGGCAACAAAGCUCUGAACAGACCUUCAUGGUGGGCAGAAUUUUGCAUGAAUAAACCUGUUAUAGGCAGGCUGAGGUCAAGAUUGUAAACCAAACAGCUUUUCAGAGUCUGGAUGGGCCUGAGAUGGAUACCUUGUGACAAACAUCAGGAGGAAAUGAGACCAUAUGAAUGCUGAAAAUGGAAGGGAUUUUCAUUGAGAGGUGCCAAGUUUUAAAAUAACUUUGAAAUCAAGUCCAACUUGAUCUGAGGGACUGUUAACAUAAUAAUGACAAGAUCAAGAGCAACACAUCUGCACAUGAUACAUAUUUGCUCCAUUAAAUUUUAAAAAAUGAAGAUUUAUUUUAAUCACUGCUUUGCAAAGUUUAUAUUAAAAAAAAUUCCAAUCA